UUCGCUGGCCACAUUAUGGGAAGCUCAUUAUGGAAGAGAUGCUGCUAGUUAAAGUUUACAACUGCAGUAAAGUUUUCAGUAACAGACUGCUUGGUACCUUAGUCAUCAGCCUUCAGCACCUAGUGACAUCUGGACGCCUGACCCUCAGAGACGCCCUCGUUGACAAGAACCACAGCAUCACUGGGAUCUAUAUCGAGCUAGAUUUGCGCUACCAGCCUCCUGAUGGCUCAGCAGGUACAUGGCGUGAAGAGGAUUUUGUCUACCAGAUGAAAGACAGCUCCGAGUUAAUUAUCCGCAAUGCUGGAUUCGAGGAGCUGCAGCCAGCUGACGUGAAGCGAGCUCAAGAGCUGGAUAGGAAGGCCACGGCACUGGGCAGGAAGCUGGUGAAGGGCCUGGAGAGUGACGAGGAGGAGGAGUACGAUGAUGAGUCUGAUAUGGAGUUCUUGGGCAUCGUCUUCAGCCCUGUCAAGAGCCGUUCCAGACGCCUCUGCAAGUGGGACCUGUUUGCCACUCCUAGACCACAAAGCUUCCAGAUUGGGAUCAAUGUCACUGAAGCCCAGAAGCUGGUGGGGGUGAACAUUGACCCCUUUGUGGUGGUGAAGGUUGGAGAAGAGAAGAGGCACACAGCGACGCAAAAGUCAACGAACUGCCCCUUUUACAAUGAGUAUUUUGUGUUUGAAUUUCAUGAACCAAGGGAAGUUUUAUUUCACAGACUCAUAGAGAUUUCCGUUUUUCAUUCAAAGAAGAUCCCGUUCCUGGGAACACGCAUAGGAACAUUCAAAAUUGACGCAGAGACAGUGUACAGCCAGCCAGAUCACAGGUUCUUUCAGAAGUGGGCUGUUAUCAAUGACCCAAAGGACACCAGGGCAGGAGUGAAAGGAUUUGUGAAAUGUAAUAUUUCUGUCUUUGCACGAGGUGAUAUAAUGGGCUCCCUGCCCACUUCCUCUAGCAGCCAGAAUGAGGACAUUGAAAAGAACUUGCUGCUGCCUAAGAGAGUCCCAGCUGAGAGACCGUGGGCCAAAAUCUGCAUCAAGGUUUACCGAGCCGAGGGCCUGCCCACCAUGAGUGCUGGAAUCAUGGGGGGGUUCUCAAAGAUUGUGGGCGAGAAGAAAGUUUUCAUUGAUCCAUAUGUGCAGGUCUCGUUUGCCGGGCAACAGGGGGAGACCUCGGUGGAAAAUGACACUGCAGAACCGGAGUGGAACGAGCAGAUCAGCUUCAUCGAGAUGUUCCCCCCUCUUGCCAGAAAAAUAAAAAUCCAACUGUUAGACGAUGCAAACAUUGGGGACGUGGCACUCGCUACGCACUUCAUUGACCUGCAGCAGAUAUCUGAUCCUGGGAGGAAUGGCUUUAACCCCACCUUUGGCCCAGCCUGGGUGAAUCUGUAUGGCUCUCCCCAGAACUCGGCUCUGCGGGAUGUCCACAAGGAUCUGAACGAGGGCCUGGGGGAGGGCAUAUUCUACCGCGGCCGCAUCCUCUUGGCCAUUUCUAUGGAGAUUUUCAGCAGCCCCAGCAUAGUAGAUGGCAAGCGCAAGGAGGUGCUGAGGGGCACCCUGAGCAAACUGACACUGAAGAAGAAGAAGAAGAGUAAAAAGGCCAAGGAGAAAUCCAAGGCCAGCACCAAAGAGCAGAGCCAGAGGCGAGAUGGGGACGAGGCUGGCAGCCUCGAGGAGGCAGAGCAGCCCAGCGAGGUCACUGUGGAGGUGGAGGAGCUCCAUCCUCUCCCAGAGAACUCACUGGGAGUGAAGGAAGAAUUCCUCCUAUAUGCUGCCUUCUUUGAGGUGACUAUGAUGGACCCCUCCAUAGGCUCCAAGCCCGUCCGUUUUGAGAUCUCAAUAGGGAACUAUGGGAAAGCUGAAGAGGUUAUCACCAAAAUGCCUAAGAAAACUGUGAAAGGAGAAGGGCCUGAAGACAAACAGCCUUUGCUGGAUCCCAGUUCAGACGAGGAGCUGGAUAUUGAAGUUAUGGCCCCGAGUCCAACUUUACAGAAUAAGUCCAUGACAGAAAGCCAAAGGCCAGAGCCUACCGAAUAUGACAGUUCUUACAGCUGCCUGUCCAUGCUGCAUGAGAAGCCCUGUGUGUACGUCUGGAGCUAUUGGGAAGAUCACACCUGGAGGCUCUACAAUUCCAACUGGAUUGUCAAAAUAGCAGAGCGUCUGGAACAUGGACUGGAUGACGUGGAGACACUCCUGAGGAGGCCAAAGUCUAAAGCAGAAGACAGACUCAAGCAGGUGCUGGAGGAGUUUGUAGCUGGAUGCAGGCAGUAUUCACUGAAUGUGGAGAAAAAACCAAUGACACGUCCAAACAAUCUUGACAGAUGUCGGCUGAAAUCCCUGACACACAAUAUUAUCCUGUAUGCGAAGCAGGGGCUCCGCGUGAGGAGGCGGCUGACUCGAGCCAACGUGAAGGAGAAAAUGAAUGAUGCAAAGAGAAUCCUAAGAAAGCUGCGCUCCCUGGCUAAAGAGCCCCAGUGCACGCUCCCCGAUGUCCUACUCUGGAUGUUCAGCAAUAAUAAGCGAGUGGCAUACACAAGAAUUCCUGCACAGAAUGUCCUCUACUCUGUAGUAGAAGAGGAGAAAGGCAAGGACUGUGCAAAGAUCCAGACCGUCUUUUUAAAGGUCCCAGGGUCACACACCGGGGAGAUCUUUGCGAAACUAGAGAUCUAUAUGUGGCUGGGGGUGACCAAGUAUGUGAAGAACAGCACUGCAGAACUUCCCGAGGAAUUCAAGCCCAUCUAUGAGAGCGGCCAGCAGACAGAGCGGCUUCCAGCACACCUACCGCCCAGCCGGCUCAGCAGGGACGACUUCAGUUACUUCCAGUUGCGAGCCCACUUGUACCAGGCUCGGGGGAUCCUGCCUGCUGACGACAAUGGCCUUUCAGACCCAUUUGCAAGAGUGGUGUUUUCGACUCAGUGCCAGACCACCAGGACCUUGGAGGAAACCCUGAGCCCAUUGUGGAAUGAGCUACUUUUAUAUGAUCAGCUGAUUAUUGAUGGGCGGAGAGAGGAUUUGAAGACUGAGACCCCCAUUGUUGUCAUCAAUAUCUUUGACCAUAAUAAAUUUGGUUCUCCAGAAUUCCUUGGCCGGGCCUUUGCUACUCCACAGGUGAAGCUGGUGGAUGAACCAUACUGCAAACCUGCCCUGCAGUUUUUUGACAUUUACAAAGGAUCCAGAGCAGCAGGGGAAUUAAUUGCUACCUUUGAGCUGAUUGAGCUGGAUUACAGUGGCUACUUGGAGCCUUCAGUGCCCAAAGACGUGGAACCCAAGGAGCCAGACUUCCUGGAGGACCCCUCUUCUGGACGGUUCAUUAUCCCAGAGGGAAUCCGGCCCAUCCUCAAAGAAUUCCGCAUAGAGAUCCUGUUUUGGGGCCUGCGAGACUUGAAGCGCGUGAACCUGUUUGAGGUAGAUCAGCCACAGGUGAUCAUCGAAUGUGCCGGGAAGAAAGUGGAAUCAGAAGUGAUCGUGUCAUACAAAGAGAACCCCAACUUCAACGAGCUGGUCAAAUACGUCAACGUGGAGCUCCCGGAGCAGGUGUACCUGCACCCACCCCUAAGCAUCUUUGUGGUGGAGCAGCGAGCUUUUGGACGUACCGUGCUGGUGGGGACCCACGUGGUGUCCCAUAUCAUGAAAUUUUCUCCCAAAGAGCUGGAGGAGCUGGAGGAGGAGGCAGAAAAUCCACCCAAAGCACGAAAAGCCUCUGCUCAACCCAACAUCUCCCAGACUGUGAUCAACAUUGGCCUGACUGCAAGCGAAAUGGGCAGCAAAGCAAACCCCCUGAAUCUGGUGAAGGCUCCUCUGAAGAAAAUUCCUAUCAAUAAACUAAUAAAGAAAGAGGAUGAGUUUGAGGAGGAAAAGCCAGAGUUGGAAGAGCUGGAUUGGUGGUCUAAGUACUAUGAGUCCUUAAAGGAAAUGAGCAACCAGUGCCAUAGUGACGAGGAGGAUGGGGACAACGACGACCCGAAUGAGGCAGAUGGAGGGAACUUAAAUGUGGACUCUAUUGAUGUGGAAGCGGAAAAUGGAGUGAUAGUGGAAGCUGAGCCAGUGCGACACAAAAGGAAACUCAUAGCUACGUUGCAGAUCUACAACUCAGAGCUGGAAAACGAGUUUGAUAAUUUUGAAGACUGGCUGUAUAUCUUUCCGCUUCAUCGGGGGAAGGCGAAUGAGGAUGAGGACGGAAAUGAGGAUGAGAACUUUGUGGGGAAGUAUAAGGGUUCAUUCUUCGUUUAUCCUGCUGAGGAGGCAGGUACAGAGCACAAGAUCUCACAGGGUGUUCCCAGAAACAGACCCAUCAAGGUGCUUGUCCGAGUUUAUAUUGUUAAGGCAACGAACCUGGCUCCUGCAGACUCCAACGGCAAGGCAGAUCCCUAUGUGGUGGUAACGCUUGGGCAAGAGCAGAAGGACACAAAGGACCGCUACAUCCCUAAGCAGCUCAAUCCUGUGUUUGGCGAAGUUCUGGAACUGAGCAUAUCUUUUCCGAUGGAAUCAGAACUCACUGUUUCAAUAUUUGACCAUGAUUUGGUUGGGUCUGAUGACCUGAUUGGGGAGACGAAGAUUGACUUGGAGAAUCGAUUCUACAGCAAACACCGAGCUAACUGCGGAGUGGCCUCCCAGUAUGACACAGAUGGCUAUAACAUGUGGCGAGACGCUUUCAAGCCCACCCAGAUCUUGGAGAGUUUGUGCAAGAAGAGCUCUCUCCCCUCGGCAGAGUACAGGCGGGAGGAGGUCAAAGUGAACAACAAGAUCUUCAAGGUCCCUCCUGAAGCUUUCCCUGAAGAGGCCUUUGUAAAAGACAAGAGAGAAAUGGACCAUGAGACUUGGUCAGCAUAUGAUGAGCAGAAGGCUUUGUAUGUCCUGCAGCACUGGGAUGAGAUGCCAGAGUACGGGUACAAACUGGUCCCGGAGCAUGUGGAGGUUCGGUCCCUUUACAACGCAGAGAACCCCGGACUCGUACAGGGCUCCCUCCACAUGUGGAUUGACAUGUUUCCAAAUGACGUCCCAGCACCUCCCCCUGUCAAUAUCAAGCCACGGCUGCCAAUCAGUUACGAGCUACGCGUCAUCAUCUGGAACACAGACGACGUGGUUCUUGAUGACGUUAAUCCAAUAACAGGAGAAACCUCCAGCGACAUCUACGUGAAAAGCUGGAUCAAAGGUCUGGACCAUGAGAAACAAGAAACAGACGUUCACUUUAACUCCCUGACUGGGGAAGGCAACUUCAACUGGAGGUUUGUGUUCCACUUCGACUACCUCCCAACUGAGAAGGAGAUCUCCUAUAAGAAGAAGGACUCCAUUUUCUCCCUGGAGGAAUCUGAGUUCAGGGAGCCAGCUGUCCUGGUCCUUCAGGUCUGGGAUUAUGACAGGAUUUCAGCAAAUGACUUUCUAGGGUCCAUUGAACUGAAGCUGAACGACAUGGUGCGGGGAGCCAAGAGUUCUGAGCAGUGCACCAUUAAGAUGGCCAAGGAAAAGGCCACCCCCCGCUUCUCCAUCUUCCGGAACAAGCGGAUAAGGGGCUGGUGGCCCUUCAUCAAACUGAAAGACCAGGAAGAUGAGGAGCGAGAGGACCGAGAGGCCAAGGAGAAGAAGAAGAAGAAGAAGAAGAAAAAGAAGAGGAGGUCGAUGAAUCCAGAAGACAUUGAGUUUACAGACCCCAGUGGGAACAAGUACCUCCUGACGGGUAAAGUGGAAGCUGAGUUCCAGCUAUUGACUGCAGAGGAGGCUGAGAAGAGCCCUGUUGGUCUGGGCCGAAAAGAGCCUGAACCCCUGGAGAAGCCCAACCGUCCAAAAACAUCCUUCAACUGGUUUGUGAAUCCCAUGAAAACCUUCAUCUUUUUCAUCUGGAAGCGGUACAAGAAGUACAUCAUUGCUUUGGUCAUUAUUGCUGUGGUGACCAUCUUCCUGGUCCUUUUACUCUACACAAUGCCUGGGUACAUCAGCCAGAAGAUCAUCAAUGGAUAAGUGCGGGCAGAGACUGGGCUCCCCUGAGGACCAUGGCUGUUGCUCCAGAAAUUGACACUUUAUACCAAAUAUUUUAAGGACAGUUUGCCAGUGGAUGAAGGUGCUGGGACUCUUUGUAAAUGCUGCAUCAGGAGGAAGACGAGUGGAGAAGCUGCCCUUUCUGGGUAGUUGUAUUUCACACUUAGAACUUGUGAUACACUGUGAUUGUAGCACUGUGGAGCAGAGCGAUAAUGAUUUGGGUAAAAUGUUUGGUUUUCAUUAGUUGGGAGGAAUCUGUCCCAGCUGGGGUUGGCUGUGGGGAGAUUUGCAACAAAUAUCACCUCUGUACCUCUCUCCCUUGUGCUAAGCAGAGGAGCCUCUCUUAGAGCAGUGGGAGGAGCAGUGCUGCUUUCUCUGCAUGGCGUCAGCGUAAUAACGAGGAGUAGGGUGACCAGAUGUCCCGAUUUUAUAGGGACAGUCCUGAUUUUGGGAGCUUUUUCUUAUAUAGGUGCCUAUUACCCCCUACCCCCAUCCCGGUUUUUUACACUUGCUGUCUGGUCACCCUAACGUGGAGACUUUUCACCCAGAGAACUUAGCGCACUUUACAAGGUGACGGAGCGUUCCUGUCCCCUUUGUACAGAUCAGAGAGUCAGGGCACGUCUGCACUAUGGAGACUACGUUGCAGAAGGGGCUUUUCCAUUGCCAUAGGACUGACAGCUGUGCUGACACGGGGGAUUAGGUUAGAGCUGUGUCAGUCAGGAAGUGUUUUUUCACAGCUCUGACUAAUGUAGCUGUGUGAGCCUGGCGGUCAAGUAUAGACCAGGCCUCAGUGGCAGAGCUGGGACCAGCAGAGUGACAAGUAGAGAAACUAGAGAGGAGCUGCAGCAGGCCAGCAAAGUGAGCAGGGGAAAAGAAUGAAGGAGCCAAACUGUUCAUGACCCUCACCACGACUUGGGUAGGGGUGAGGGACAGGCAAAGUCUGAGUCCCCUUGUGAGCUGGGGUUUCCCAGCCCAGGCGUGCCCCCCAGCCCAUGCUCCACACUGCUGUUAAACACGCUUCUUUCCAUGUAGUAAGGCUGGACUUGAAGCUCUUUUUAAUCCUUGUGUUAGAUCUUUACUCCCUCUGGAAUAGAAACCCGCAAAGGAUCUGACCCAUUACCUGGUGCUUCUCAUCCACUCAGCAUUUGCUAGGGUUUCCCAGCUGGCUUUCAGAGGUUGCCCUAACCCCCACUGUAGUGCAAGAAUUUUCCCAUUGAACCUGCUGCCGUCUCGCAACGGGGCGGGUUAACUAACAAACCCGCCUUGCGUUGCUGUAGUAAGUAUCUACACUGCAGUGCAGCUGCACCACUGGCGCAUUUGUAGUGUGAACAUACCUGGAGAGCGUAAUGGCGACUUGUUUGUCUGGUUCAGACUCCAUCCCAGGGCUUCUUUCUCUCUCAUACUAACUGAUAUAGGGGAUUAACAGUCACUCCUGUAUUGUUGUGUUUUGCACCAGAUUUGUAGAUAUUUAUAUAGAUGGUAUUUAUAUGAACAGUGCAAAGUGGCACCAGACUGAGGUAAAUCAAACGUCGAGAAAUAGCCUCA